GCAAUUUCCCAGCCGCCCGGACUCGCCCCGUUUCGAGCGAGGCAGGGGAAGGAACAGUGUGUGUGUAACUUUAUCUGGGAUAGGGCACUCUUCGGACAUCCUUGUAUCUCUCCCCACCCCUCACUUCAGCAGCUGCAGGAACACAAGGAUUAGAUUAACCGCCAACACCCAAACCCUGUGGGGAGGGUGGAGGAGCCGUCAAACCCUCCCACUACCUGCCAUGGAUCUUCCUCGGUGCUACCAGCCCCGUGGGGCCUCGCUUUAAGCUGCAGCAGCUGCGCGCGGGGCAGGCAUGGGGAGGUUGCGCGGGACUCUCAGCCCCUGGCUGGGGCUGGCCGCCCUGCUGUGCCUGGCGCACGCCGCCCGGGCCGCCUUCCAGCUCACGCUCCUCCACACCAACGACGUCCACGCGCGGGUGGAACAGACCAGCCGCGACUCCGGCAAGUGUCAGAGCCUCCGCAGCGGCCGCCCCCAGGAUUGCUAUGGCGGGGUGGCGCGGAGAUACACCAAGAUCCAGGAGAUCCGAGCCACCCACCCCAACGUGCUGCUCCUGGACGCCGGCGACCAGUACCAGGGCACCGUGUGGUUCAGCUACUUCAAGGGGCGGGAAGUGGUCCGCUUCAUGAACCUCCUGGGCUACGACGCUAUGGCUUUGGGGAACCAUGAGUUUGACAAUGGUCUGGAUGGAUUAUUGGAUCCGCUACUUAAAAAUGUUAAUUUUUCAAUUCUGAGUGCAAACAUUCAGGCAAGCAGAUCAGUAGCAUCCAGGAUUGCUGGAUAUUUUCAGCCUUAUAAAAUACUACAUGUUGGUUCAGAAAAAAUCGGAAUUGUUGGCUAUACCACUAAGGAAACAUCUUUCCUUUCAAAUCCAGGCAAGGAGAUAUAUUUUGAAGAUGAAAUUGCAGCAUUGCAGCCACAUGUGGAUAAACUUAUCACACUGGGAGUUAACAAAAUUAUUGCACUAGGACACUCUGGUUUCACUGUGGAUCAAAAGAUUGCUCAAAAAGUGAGAGGAGUGGAUGUUGUAAUUGGAGGACAUACGAACACGUUUCUUUAUACAGGCCCUCCACCUUCCAAUGAAAUGCCAGCUGGCAACUAUCCAUUCCUGGUGAAGUCAGAUGAUGGGAGGCAGGUGCCAGUGGUACAAGCCUAUGCUUUUGGGAAAUAUCUUGGUUAUUUAAAUGUAACAUUUGAUGAUCAAGGAAAUGUAAUUAGAACAUCUGGAAACCCUAUUUUGCUAAAUAGCAGUAUUCCUGAAGAUAGAGUCUUGAAAGAAGAAGUUGACAAGUGGAAGAUACAGCUAAAUAAUUUUUCUUCCCAAGUGAUAGGAAAAACUAUAGUUUACCUAAAUGGUACAAGUCAGGCAUGCCGUUUCCAAGAAUGCAACUUGGGAAAUUUGAUUUGUGAUGCCAUGAUUUACAAUAAUCUCAAACAUCGAGAUGAAAAUACAUGGAAUCAUGUUUCAAUGUGCAUCAUAAAUGGCGGAGGGAUACGGUCACCCAUUGAUGAACACAACAAUAAUGGUACUAUUACGAUGGAGGACCUGCUAGCUGUGCUGCCAUUUGGAAGUACUUUUGAUCUGAUUGAGUUAAAAGGCUCCACUCUCAAAGAAGCAUUUGAGCAUGGUGUGCGCAGACAUGGACAAGGAACUGGCGAGCUGCUGCAGGUUGGGGGCAUUCACGUGGUCUACGAUCUUUCCAGACCACCAGGAAGCAGAGUUGUCAGCAUAGAAGUUCUUUGCACGGCCUGUAGAGUACCAGCCUAUGUACCACUCCAAAUGGAUGAAACGUACAAAGUGAUUCUUCCUUCUUUUCUGCAGCAGGGAGGAGAUGGAUAUUCUAUGCUAAAAAAUAAAUCACUGAGUCACAAUCAGGGUGAUCUUGAUGUUGAAGUAGUUUCCAGUUACAUCUCUAGAAUGGGACCUGUUUUUCCAGCAGUUGAAGGACGAGUGAAGUUUUCUGCAGGAAAUUUCAUCCAAGGAAGUAUUACACUGAUUGCUGGCUUAUUCACUGUGACAUUCCUGCACUUCAUUUUUUAAUUCUUAUUUGCGAUGCUUUUAGACUGCUGCUAGAAAGCCUGCUCCCCUGCCCUUUGCCUGCACCUCCCAGCACAUGUUUAAACAGGUCCUAGGUCUUGGCAUACAUUCAGUAAUUAUAGUGGAGACCAGCUCUCUUUAAAACAUGGCUCUUCUAAAUGCUGUAUUAUGUGCUUGGUUGCCUUGAAAUUUGGUGUGCUUUGUAGGGGUUUGAGGUAGGAAUAUUGAUCCAAAUCUGGGGUCACUUGACUAAGGGCUUCCUGAGAUGUAUCUCUCUGGGGAACAAACAAAACAGUUUUGCUGAAGGUUGACAUAUUCUAACAGGUUUUUUUGCCCAGAUCUGGGUAUCAAAGCUUGGCUCUAAAAAAAAGCUGUGAAGCAUACUAUACAGAAUGAUGGGGCAUUUUGGCAGGUAGUAGGUUUCCAAAUUUGAUACAGCAGGUUUAAUUGCACUUCCUUGAUGUUUCUACCCUCAAACUCAAGUUCCAAAGAGCAAAGCAUUAAAGGAAAAACAUCUUAUUCCACCGAGAAAUAUAUUGUAUUCUAUAGAAAUAUUUACAAGCACAUAUCCGUGUAAAAUUUUCCCUCCAACUCUUCCCAUGCACACUGAAACCGUGAAAUCAACAAAUCUUUUUUUCAGUAGUGUAAGUAAAUUCCUUAUAGAUGCAUUACUACCUUCCUCUGUCGCCUGUGCAGGGUUGAAAACUUAAAUGUGAAAACAGUAUCCAGUUUUUAAUCACACUUAUCUUGGCUACAUCAGUGCCUGAGAUAAUUUGCCCCCUCUAAUAGAGAUUGGUUUAAACACUGAAGCACACUCAGCUCCUCUUCCACUAGGAGAUUAAGACUGCCACAUUAUUAGAAAGGUGGGUUCCUAGGACAUUGCAGAGUUUUUGGAUUUCACAUACCAUCUCAAAAGUAUGCUGUACUUAUUCCUUGAACAGGUACUCUCUUUUUAUAGAGGCAGCAACUUCCACUUGUAGAUAAGAAAAUGUCAGAGGCAAAGACUUCCAGCAGAAUAAAAGUUAGUCUGAUUAACAGAUUCGUGUUUUUUAAACAGACAAAAAAACAAACAAACAGCAAAAGGUUACACCUA